AUGGCCGUAACCAAAGCUCCAUCAUCGCCCCCACAGGCCCCAAGUCCAAGUGCCCUGAGGCAAUUCUCCAACUUCACUCACACCCAAGCCGGGCUCGAAAAAACCCUACGGCUCAUCCAGUCGCUCGCGCAAGUCGUCAUCGAAACCAGCAUCGGCAAUGCAACUGUGAAGAGCUGGUCGAUCGCCAAGUCGCAGCUGGCGCUGACGCGGCGUUUCUUCCGCUUCUUCGCCUUCGUCGAUUGCUUCGAGCGUGUCUUUGCCCUCCUUGGCGGAGCAGGCGACGAGGGGAUUCCGCUUCGGCUCAUCGAGCUGGGUCGGUGGAGUUGCCUGGGGUUGUAUUAUGUCUUGGAGGAUUGUACCCUUCUACAUGCCAUGAACGUCUGGCGCGUCUCCUGGGGCGACUCGCUCUUGGUGGAAGCCUACAAGUUCUGGUUCUACGGGCUUGCGCUGUCGAUUCUGGGGGCUUGCUGGGGUUUGCUCUUCCCUGGGAAGGUGAAGCAGAGUGCGAAGGGUGCUUGGGGGAAGGGGAAGGGGAAGAAGGUAUCUUCUUCGGCUGGGUCUAGUGUGUUGGUGAGGAGGGUUGUUGUUGAUGGGUGUGAUUUGUUGAUUCCGGGGGCGUCUUUGGGCUGGAUGGCGGUGAGUGAUCUUGUAGUUGGGAUGGCGAUGGUGGUUAGUACGUUGGUUGCUGGCAGGGAUGUGUGGAUGAAAGCGCAGUUGGGCUGA